GUAAUAAAGUUAUCCAAACAUUUUGGAAUUUAUAGGAAGCGGAUCAUACGCACUUUUUGUUUGUAAAUUUGGACAAGCGUACGACUUCUUUUUCAUUUAUCAAAUAAUCAUGCGGAUGAAUAUGCAUACCUCUUCGUAUUAUAAUGUAUAUAAAAGAAUAAUGUAAGUCGAAAUUCAGUCGGGCGUACGGUUUUGCCCAAAUCACUACUGUUUUUUAAAUUUGAAUCACAAUAAGCGUUGCCGAGGAAGAAUGGAUAGAAGACUUCGGUACAGUGUGCAAGCGGUCCUCGUACUAAUCAUUGCCGGCUGCAGCGAUUACGCGGGAGCCGCUAAAUCGUCCAAGUUCAGGCUGCCCGAACGAUUCGCGGGUAUCGAUACGACGACCGACAAGAAUAUGAACGAGGUACUGAUGAAGUACAAUCCCGUGAAUCUUGGCACUGGCGCGCCGGACUUUCUUCCACCGACGUUCGUCAGAAGUGCCAUGUGGAACGUCAGCGUCAGCGAUGAUCCUGCGGUGAAUCAGUAUUCGAACCCUGAUGGUCAUAAGAAGCUUCAGACAGCAGUCGCCAGGCUCUACUCGGACCUUAUAAAUCGCGAUUUGGAUCCCAACGAGAAUGUCAUCAUUACCGUGGGUGCCUCCGAGGCUCUGUACGUGACGAUCCAGGCUCAUACUAAUCCUGGCGACGAGUGGAUCUUGAUCGAGCCAGCUUUCACGGCGUAUCGCAGUCUGGUGAAAAUGGCAGGGGGUGUGCCCAAAUUGGUGCAGUUGAGACCGAAAAAGACUCGCGGGAAAAUAUCGUCGAGCGAUUGGGUGUACGAGAGGAAGGAAAUGGCCAGGGCUUUCAACAGAAAGACUAAGGGUAUCUUGAUAAACACUCCGCACAAUCCGACUGGCAAAGUGUUUACCAAGGAGGAACUGCAGUUCAUCGCGGACUUGGCUGUCAAGUGGAACACGCUCGUUGUGACCGACGAAGUCUACGAAUGGUUGAUUUACAAACCAAACAAGCACGUGAGGAUAGCUGGCUUACCGGACAUGUACGAGCGCACCAUCACGAUCAGCUCUGCCAGCAAGAUGUUUUCCGUGACUGGAUGGAGAGUCGGUUGGCUCUAUGGGCCGUCCGAGUUGCUGAGCAAUGUCAGAGUGGUGCAUUUCAAAUUGGUUUUCUCCGAUCCGACUCCAUCGCAGAUAGCCGUGGCAGCGGCGAUGAACAACUUCCGAAAGGACCUGGAUCGUCCAAACUCCUACUUGUCGAGUUACUUGAAAGAGCUGCAGUCGAAACGCAACGACGUAGUUGACGUGCUCGAGGAGAUAGGCAUGUCACCGAUCGUCCCGGAAGCAGGAUUCUUCGUCAUGGCCAACUGGACUGCUCUUUCCUGGCGCGCGAGACUCCAAGAUGAACGCGGUGCCUUUCUCGAUGUGAGAUUCGCCAAGUGGCUGGCUAAAAACGUCGGUGUACUUGGCGCGCCCGUUUCGCCCUUUUACAACGAUGUCAACGAUAAAAACUCGGGAGAGAGCUAUCUUCGAUUUUGCUUUAUUAAGAAAAACAAGACUCUCCAAGAAGCUGCAAAGCUAUUGCUAGAAUGGAUCCAGUGGCAAUGAUAUCGUAUAAUUUGUUGUUGAAUUUUUGUUUGUGUUAUACAUUUUUGUUAUGUUGAUUUGGGCGUCGUUACUAGGUGAUAUGAUGAGGAGAAGGCGAUAAAUAAAAAUCUGGAACAACAAUCUGAAA